AUGAUAUUCAGUACCGCCUUCGCAAGGCCAAUGGCCCCAGUAGCUCAGGGCUACAAAACCAAUCAUUCACCUAUAGAGGACAACAAAACCAAUCAUUCACCUAUAGAGAACAACAAAACCAAUCAUUCACCUAUAGAGGACAACAAAACCAAUCAUUCACCUAUAGAGAACAACAAAACCAAUCAUUCACCUAUAGAGAGCAACAAAACCAAUCAUUCACCUAUAGAGAGCAACAAAACCAAUCAUUCACCUAUAGAGGGCAACAAAACCAAUCAUUCACCUAUAGAGAGCUACAAAACCAAUCAUUCACCUAUAGAGGGCAACAAAACCAAUCAUUCACCUAUAGAGGGCAACAAAACCAAUCAUUCACCUAUAGAGGGCAACAAAACCAAUCAUUCACCUAUAGAGGGCAACAAAACCAAUCAUUCACCUAUAGAGAGCAACAAAACCAAUCAUUCACCUAUAGAGAGCUACAAAACCAAUCAUUCACCUAUAGAGGGCAACAAAACCAAUCAUUCACCUAUAGAGGGCAACAAAACCAAUCAUUCACCUAUAGAGAGCAACAAAACCAAUCAUUCACCUAUAGAGGACAACAAAACCAAUCAUUCACCUAUAGAGAGCAACAAAACCAAUCAUUCACCUAUAGAGGACAACAAAACCAAUCAUUCACCUAUAGAGAGCAACAAAACCAAUCAUUCACCUAUAGAGGGCAACAAAACCAAUCAUUCACCUAUAGAGGGCAACAAAACCAAUCAUUCACCUAUCAACAAAACCAAUCAUUCACCUAUAGAGAGCAACAAAACCAAUCAUUCACCUAUAGAGGACAACAAAACCAAUCAUUCACCUAUAGAGGACAACAAAACCAAUCAUUCACCUAUAGAGAGCAACAAAACCAAUCAUUCACCUAUAGAGGACAACAAAACCAAUCAUUCACCUAUAGAGGACAACAAAACCAAUCAUUCACCUAUAGAGGACAACAAAACCAAUCAUUCACCUAUAGAGAGCAACAAAACCAAUCAUUCACCUAUAGAGGACAACAAAACCAAUCAUUCACCUAUAGAGAGCAACAAAACCAAUCAUUCACCUAUAGAGGACAACAAAACUAAUCAUUCACCUAUAGAGAGCAACAAAACCAAUCAUUCACCUAUAGAGAGCAACAAAACCAAUCAUUCACCUAUAGAGGACAACAAAACCAAUCAUUCACCUAUAGAGGACAACAAAACCAAUCAUUCACCUAUAGAGAGCAACAAAACCAAUCAUUCACCUACAGAGAGCAACAAAACCAAUCAUUCACCUAUAGAGGGCAACAAAACCAAUCAUUCACCUAUAGAGGGCAACAAAACCAAUCAUUCACCUAUAGAGGACCCAAUAUUUCUACGUAAGAAACCGAUUCCAAAACCCAACAAGAUUUGGGUUUUAGACAGUUAG